AUGUGUGUUGACUACACCAAUCUCAACCGAGCGUGUCCCAAAGACUACUACCCGCUCCCGAGAAUAGAUCAGCUAGUCGACGCCACCUCGGGCUACGAGCUCCUUACCUUCUUGGACGCAUACUCGGGCUACAACCAAAUCCGCAUGGCGCCAGCGGACCAAGAGAAUACCGCUUUCAUCACCGACAGAGGAAUAUAUUGCUAUAAGGUGAUGCCGUUCGGCUUAAAGAACGCUGGGGCAACCUACCAGAGGAUGGUCGACAAGCUGUUCAGACGCCAGAUUGGCAGGAACAUGGAAAUAUAUGUGGACGACAUGAUCGUAAAAAGCAAAACCGCGGAGGCGCACCUGGCCGAUUUGGCCGAGACUUUUCAGACCCUCAGGCGAUUCCAUAUGCGUUUGAACCCCGCAAAGUGCGUCUUCGGGGUCAGCUCGGGAAGAUUCCUCGGCUUCGUCAUCCACCAGAGUGGAAUAGACGCCAACCCGGAAAAGGUACGGGCCAUAACCCGGAUGCACUCACCCCGCUCUGUCAAAGAAGUACAGUGUCUCACGGGGAAACUGGCGGCGCUCAGUAGAUUCAUAUCCAGGUCGGGCGACCGAUGCCUGCCUUUCUUCCAGGCUCUGCAACAAGUCAACAACUUCACCUGGACACCCGAGUGCGAGGAAGCUUUUGAAGACCUGAAGGCGUACCUUACCCGCCUGCCCCGACUCGCUUCCCCUGAGCCAGGAGAAACCCUGGGCCUUUACUUGGCGGCGUCAGCACGGGCAGUUAGCUCGGCGUUGGUCCGAGAAGCACCGCCCAAGCAGCAGCCCAUCUAUUACGUCAGCCACGUCCUUGCCGGGGCCGAGGCGCGGUACCCCCCCCAUCGAAAGGCUGGCUCUGGCGUUGAGGGGCGCAAGGACGCCGACCGUGCGUGGACCCUGCAUGUUGACGGCUCCACCAUCACCGGUGUGGCUGGAGUUGGCCUCAUCCUUAAAAGCCCUACCGGAGAAACCUACGAAAGGUCCGUCCGACUGCAAUUCCAAGCCACCAACAACGAAGCCGAGUACGAGGCGCUACUACAUGGCCUACGCCUCGCCUUGGAGAUGCAGGUAGACAACCUCGAGGUAUUCAACGACUCUCAGCUAGUGACGGGACACGUAAAUGGGAGCUACGAGGCCCGGGACCCCACGAUGGCAUCAUACCUGGCGGAAACACAACGGCUCGCCCGCCUCUUCAGCCGGUUUUCGAUCACACAAGUGCCCCGGGCCCAAAACGCAUCCGCCGACGCUCUGGCAAAAGCAGCCUCCGCACGGGGUUUGGAAAAAGCCUCCGUGACCGAGCCCAUAACAGCGUCGACCAUACCAUCCUGCGGCGUCGUCGAGACCCGAACCUCGCCAAACUGGAUGGAGGAAAUACUCUGCUUCAAGUCAGAUGGGGAGGAGCCCGACGACCCGGCGGCAGCAAGACGACUAAGGCGAACGCAGACCUGGUAUAGCCUGGUCGGUGGGAAGUUGUACCGCAGAGGCUUCUCACAGCCCCUCUUGCUCUGCCUCGCACCCCCCGAGGCCCACACUGUCCUCGCCGAGCUUCACGAGGGAAUUUGUGGGGAGCAUAUAGGGGGUCGGACCUUGGCCUUCAAGGCCCUCCGACAGGGAUACUACUGGCCAACAAUGCGCCGAGACGCUGCAGCAUACGUGCGGCAAUGCCAGCCGUGCCAACGGCACGCCCGACUGCAGCAUCAACCGGCGGUCCCUCUCAACUCGAUGGAAAUCGCUUGGCCCUUCGCCCAGUGGGGACUCGAUCUCCUCGGCCCCUUCCCUCCGGCUUCGGGGCAAUGA